AUGAAUAGCAGCCAGUUAUGGAAAGUUCCAUACUUUCAUGGCCUUAUUGAUCGAUCUGACGCAUUUGAUUUAUUGACCAACAAUGGUGAUUAUCUUGUUCGUAUGUCAAAAAAAGAAGAUAAACAAAUUCUCAUAUUAUCUUCAAUCCAACAAAAUAUUGAAACAAAUAUUGAAAUUUUCGUUAGGAACAAUUUAUAUUACUUUGAUUUUAAUAAACAAGGAUAUACGACUUUACAAAAUUUAAUCGAAUCACAAAUUAAUAAUAAAGAAGAAAAUCAGAUAGUUUUAAAGAAGCCUAUAAAUAGAAUGGAAUGGGAACUUUGCCAAAAUGAUUUAGAGAUUGGAAAAGUUUUAGGGAGUGGGAUGUUUGGGAUAGUUAAGAAAGCGAGAUUAAAAGGAAGAUUUGAUGUGGCUGUUAAACAGGAUUUAAAUAAUAGUGUUGGAAUAUACAAAGAAGCUAGUAUUCUCAAGAAUCUAAACCAUGAUAAUAUCGUUAGAUUAUUCGGUAUUACUCUGGACCAAGAACCAAUGUUACUUGUAUUAGAAUUUUGUUCAGGAUGUUUAUUGGAUUAUUUGAAGUUAAAUACAAAUUUGAAAAACUACUCAAAAUUAAUUUUGAUAAAAGAUGCAGCAAAUGGUGUCGAUUAUCUUCACGAACACAAUAUUAUCCACUGCGAUUUAGCAGCUAGGAAUUGUUUGAUGGACAAAACUUUAAAAAUCAAAAUUACUGACUUCGGUCUUUCUACGAAAUUAAAAGAUGAAGAAGAAAUUAAUGUAGAAAAAAAAGCUAAAUUACCAAUCCCUUACCUUGCGCCUGAAACUUUUAUCAGAAAAAUUUUAUCUAAAAAAACUGAUGUCUAUAGUUUUGGAGUUUUAAAUUGGGAAAUUUUUACAAAUGGUAAAGUGCCGUUCAAAGGCCUUACGGAUUUAGAGAUUGCUAGAAAAAUAGUAAAUGCUGAAUAUUUAACCUUUCCAACAAAUACGCCAAACGAUUUUAUAUCGAAAAUUAUCAAAAAUAUUUUUACUUUGGAAACCAAACGUUUUUUAAUGAAGAAGAUUCUGAUUGAAUUAAAAAAUAUUAUUAAAAAAUCUGAAGAGGGAGAAAACAAAUUAAAGUCAAUCGAAAAUAAAGGAAGGAAGAGAAAGUGA